CAGCAGCAUCAAUCAAGCCAGCUAAGACCUGCCUCGUCGUGCUUGCUGGGAUCCGCUGCGCAGAAGCCAUGGACACAAUCGUGCCCGGUGCGCUGGCGGCGUUUGCCGUCGACUGCUCCAUCUUCCCGCUCGACACGAUCAAGUCGCGCGUGCAGGCGGCCGACUACGCCUCGCGGUUUCCCAACGGCCGCGGGCUCUACCAGGGCCUCUGGCAAGGGUUCGGGCCCGUCGUCGUCGCGACGCUGCCGAGCGCGGCGCUGUUCUUCACCACCUACGAGCACGCCAAGGCGCUGCUCACGACGCCGGACCGGCUGCCCGUGUGGGGCGCCUACGUGGCGGCCGACACGAGCGGGCGCGCCGUGGCGCUCGGCCACGCCGCCUCGAGUGCCCUCGCCGAGCUGGCCUCAUGCGCCGUCCUGACGCCUGCCGAGACGAUCAAGCAGCGCAUGCAGGUCGCCGUCGGUGGGCCCGGGAGCAGCAGCGCGCACAAGAUGCCCUCGCUCGCGCUGGGGUCCAUCUGGCGCGGCUACUGGGCGCUGGCGGGGCGCAACCUGCCCUUCACGGCGCUGCAGUUUCCCCUCUACGAGCAGUUCCGGGGUGCUCUUGCUAGACAGGUCGGACUCAGGCCGAGGCGCGCUGCUGCGGGGUGGGACAGGGCCGCACACCAGGACCGCCAGCUGCAGCAGCCAGACGUCACGACGGGCGACGAGGCACGGAGGAGAGCAUACAACGCCGUGCGCCAGCGGCCACCGUCAUCGACAGCCGCGACGACACCGCAGCAAGCAGGCGGCGAAAGUGCUGCUGCAUACUAUGCAAAGGCCGGUGCCGUCAGUGGGCUGAGCGCAGCGGGUGCAGGCGCCAUCUCGGCCCUCGUCACGACGCCGCUGGACCUCGUCAAGACGCGCAUCAUGCUCGACUCCUCCUCCUCGUCGUCGUCGUCUGGCAAGCACAGAAAGUCGGCGCUCGGAAUGCUGCGCGACAUUCUGCGCACGGAAGGCGUGCGCGGUGUGAUGCGCGGGGGUGCGCUCCGCUGCGCAUGGACGGCCCUCGGCGCAGGCGUCUACCUCGGCAGCUACGAGGCUGGCCGCGAAUGGUGGGGCGACGCCGGCCGGGAGCAGUUUGAGAGCGUCAAGGAAAAGGUGUCCGACGAGGUCCUCGAGCCGCGCCGCUGAGCGUGCCUCUUUAAUUGAUACCCUCCUCAAAGAGCUACUCAUGUGUCCACUCAGGGACUCAGACAAACGCAUAGAACACGAACACUCCUACUGUGUCACUGGCAGCAACAGGCAGACUUGUGCCAUGCAAAAUAUAUUGUACUCUACAGACGGAACUGCUUGCCCUCGCCCUGUGCCUCGCCCUGCCCUGGCGCCGUCGAUGGAUCCAGCUCCGAGAAGUUGGGCCGCAGGCGCG